AUGCUGCUUUGCUUGCUUCUGCUGCCCUUCAAUCGUCCGCUGCUGGCGUACUUGGGCGAGCCUCUCCUCUUGUCUGUAGACGAGAGUGGCCGUGACAAAUGGUUCGAGCAGUUCGACAGCCUGGCAACCGACCCACAUCACUUCUUCACUUGCUAUAACCCCUUCUUGUCCUCCAUGAUCGAGUAUCAGACGGGAUUAGUCCUACCCACCAUCCGCCUCCACGGCCUCUACACUGAGGUGAGCUACACACCCAGUGGCCGCAGAGGAGAGCAGGCGCUUGUCAUCAAAGGACCGAACAUCUGCACCGAUUCGGUGUGUGUCCUGAACAAGUUCCUCAGCAACCUCCUCGGCCAGAGCAGUGCCGGAGGGGCAGCGGAG